AUGACGAGUUUCAACUUGUUUCGCCGAAAUGGCAAUGACUUGAACACCACAUCGAAGGAUAAUGAAGACGACUCGAGGGACAUCUCCAAAUAUCCAGAGUCCACCCUAUCUAUUCCUGUCACCAUGGGAACAUCUGUCACCUUGUCCAUGGAUAGUCCUACAAGUUCCAUGAAAUCCCCCUCAAUACAGAAACAGGAAAUUGACUUAGAAUUGGAAAUGCUAUCAAUGGAGCUAGAGACACACGGGCGGCUUUGGUCAUGGAGAGGGUCCUUGAUUUUGCUCGUGACUUCGGGCUCACAGUUUCUCGAUAAUGUCUUUAUGACAAGUUCGAACAUCGCCUUAGCUUCCAUCCAAGAAGAAUUUGGUGUAUCUGAGACAAAUUUACAAUGGAUGAUAUCCGCCUACACGUUGGCAUUUGGCGGGUUUUUAUUACUCGCCGGAUCUUUGUCUGAUCGAUAUGGACGAAAGCUGAUUCUCUGCAUGGGCCUCUUUUGGCUAACGUUGUGGACGCUAGCCAUUGGAUUUGGCCAGUCAUUCAUCCAGCUUACCGUUUUCCGUGGGAUUCAAGGCAUUGGUGCUUCAUUGACCGUUCCGUCUGCUAUUGGAAUUAUUAGCUCCUAUUUCACAGGCGUGGACCGAACUCGUGGGCUAUCAAUCUAUGCCGCUUCUGGAACAGUCGGUUUCGGUGCAGGCCUUAUCUUUGGUGGCUUCCUCACCUCCUCGCUGGGUUGGAGGUACCUUUUCUAUUUGAUCCCUAUCAUCCCCGGCUCUCUGGGUAUUUUGGGAGUGUUUGUGCUACCCCAAGAUCGUGAGGUCACCAAGGAAAGAGAAAAGAUGGAUUAUCUUGGCGCUGUUUUGUCGACCAUUGGUUUGAUUCUUCUCCAAUUUGUCCUUUCUAGCGGUGGUCGCUAUGGCUGGGGAAACCCGUUCAUCAUCGUCAUCUUGAUACUGGCCGUGGGAAUUCUUGUUGGCUUUGUCAUGUAUGAGAAGUACAUCACUAACCCACUCAUGCCACUUUCUCUUUGGACAAUUCCAAACUUUGCUGGUCUUUGGAUUGCUGGAUUCACCUGCUAUGGAAGUUACCAAAACAUCAUCUACUAUAUUGUCUUGAUGGCUCAGAAGGUCGAUGGCCUCUCUGCCGGUGACACAGCCAUCCGACUUUUGCCGAUGGGUGCGAUCGGAUUUGUUGCAUCACUGGGAACUGGAAAGCUUCUCGAGUACAUGAAUGCGAAGUACUGCCUCAUCGCUGGUCUAGUCUUGUCUGUAUUGGCUGCAGUACCAAGUGCUGUGACUGCUACCCAGACAGAAAAUUUCUGGGUGAACACUCUUGCUACGUCACUUAUCAGCAUCUCCGCCGUUUCAUUUAUCUUCGUCACAACGAGUACGACUAUUCUAACGAGUGUUCCUGUCGAAGUUAAAAGUCUGUGUGGUGGAAUGCUCAACACGGCCUUCCAAAUAGGCUCUGGUGUUGCCCUUGCUAUCUCCGCUGCAACAACCUCAGCCGUCGACAUCGAAAAAGAACACGGCCUCCCCCAGCAAUACUCAACUGGACUCUGGUGCUCAACUGGAUUUGCAGGCCUCGGCCUCAUCAUUGGAAUCUUUGCAGUCCGUCGAAAAGGCGCAUACCCCAAAGACCGAUUGGGCGGCCCUGUGGCAAUAUAA